AUGGUUUCUAUUAAAACAGCACCCGCAAAUAUUUACUCUCGCGGACCUCAAUAUGCAGUUAGUACAGAACCUGAACACCCCAAGCAGCCUUUCAUAGAAAUUCGUAACGCAACAUAUCACGGCAGUGGUCCACGAGAAGAGGCGCGUGCGAUGUGCUCUGUCAAGACACAAGAGAUUAACGCAACGGCUAAUGCAACUAUAACGAGACGUUUACAUGGAGUCGUUACGUCAAGAGAACUUCAUAGUUCGAUUCAGCGUCUGGAGGUGAUAAUUCACGGACAGAUGCAGCAGUUGUGGCAGAGUUUAGACGCUUUGCGAUCUCAAAUAGCCGGUAACUCCCGAGUUUCUUACCCCGAUCGACGCAGUAUUACAUUUAGAUACAGACCUAAUUUAGUUUAA